GGAGGCUGAGUCAGUUCGGGGGGACCGGGGAGCCCCUAGCUGCAGGAUGAACUCCACCCACCCCCCUGGACUGCGCACCUCGCUGCACUUCUGGAACCACAGCAGCUACGCGCCGCACAGCAACGCCAGCGAGGCCCUGGCCAAAGGCUACUCGGACGGAGGUUGCUACGAGCAACUUUUUGUCUCUCCUGAGGUGUUUGUGACUCUGGGUGUCAUAAGCUUAUUGGAGAAUAUCCUGGUGAUUGUGGCAAUAGCCAAGAACAAGAAUCUGCACUCACCCAUGUACUUUUUCAUCUGUAGCCUCGCUGUGGCUGACAUGUUGGUGAGCGUUUCAAAUGGAUCCGAAACCAUUGUCAUCACCCUACUGAACAGUACCGAUACGGACGCUCAAAGCUUCACGGUGAACAUUGAUAACGUCAUUGACUCAGUGAUCUGUAGCUCCUUGCUGGCCUCAAUUUGCAGCCUGCUUUCCAUCGCAGUGGACAGGUAUUUCACUAUCUUUUAUGCGCUCCAGUACCAUAACAUCAUGACGGUUAGGCGGGUUGGCCUCAUCAUCACUUGUAUCUGGGCAGCGUGCACGGUUUCGGGCAUUUUGUUCAUCAUUUACUCAGACAGCAGUGUCGUCCUCAUCUGCCUCAUCACCAUGUUCUUCACCAUGCUGGUUCUCAUGGCUUCCCUGUAUGUGCACAUGUUCCUGAUGGCCAGGUUCCACAUCAAGCGCAUUGCGGUCCUCCCGGGCACCGGCGCCAUCCGCCAAGGUGCCAACAUGAAGGGGGCCAUCACCUUGACCAUACUGAUCGGGGUCUUUGUUGUCUGCUGGGCCCCAUUCUUCCUCCACCUGAUAUUCUACAUCUCCUGCCCCCAGAAUCCAUACUGUGUCUGCUUCAUGUCUCACUUUAACUUGUAUCUCAUCCUGAUCAUGUGUAAUUCCAUCAUUGAUCCUCUCAUUUAUGCGCUCCGGAGUCAAGAACUGAGGAAAACCUUCAAAGAGAUCAUCUGUUGCUAUCCUCUGGGAGGCCUCUGUGAUCUGUCUAGCAGUUACUAAGUGGG